AUAAACAUUACAGACACACAUGAAUGAUACACUAAUAUAACAAAAUUCAACAUCAAACUUUUCUGAUUAUGUUAGUCGAGUUGAUCGAGUUUUUAUGUAGACUGACAAGCAGUGUUAAUGCAUGAGACCCAUGGUAGACAUAUAUAACUCAAUGUUUAUACAUGUUGACGAACCGCUGACAAUCGCAUUUAAAGAAUAAAAAAGGAAACAAAACAGCAGCAACAACAAAAACAGUGCACUGAUGUUGGAUAUUAACCAUUUGCAAUGGCAACCGUGGAUGUUACUGCUGAGGAAAUAGAAGGUGCACCGUUACUCAUUAAUUCAACGGUGAAAGAAAUUAAACCUGUAACAAGGUCAAGGCUGAACCUUCUAUUGUGCAUUGUGCUAGCCGUCAAUACAUCGUUUCAGUUAAUAGCAAUAGUGACACCGGGAUGGAACGUACUUAGAGGAGAUAUUACCUCUUCUUACGAGUCUGUGUAUUACACCAUCGCGUGUGCGGAUACCACACCCUUGGAGAACAUUUCAACAACAGUAUGCAACACAAUCACCUUCCUAGAUGACUUCUCAGAGACCUACAACUCGGCAAAAGACACCUUAAAACCUGCCCUGGUGUCAGUGUAUAACCUUAGAGUUCGUAAUCAGAUCAACAUUCAAUUUAGUUGGUUUAUUGUGGCUGGGGCAACUAUUUUUCAAGUGAUCAGAUAUAUCCGAACUAACAAAGGAUACCCAAGAAUCACGGCUAUCAAUGCGAUGGGCCUCAUUUGCGCCUGUUUAGCAAUGUAUCAGUCUUUGUACGAGGCUAUAGUAAAAAUAGAUUUAACAUCACGACAGGCAGAAUAUAUAUCUAUGGAAGUUGGUGUUCCAUACAGUGUGGUUCUUUAUCUCAUUGCCUUUGUGCAGACUUGUGCAUGCACUAUCAUUGUGCUAAAACAACUUAACGAUUACAUACGCCACAUUCAACUAGCGUUGAAAGAAACCAAAGUACAAGUUGAUACACUACAGAUAAAAUAUGACGCAGAAGUUGAAGAAUUCCGACAUUAUCGUCAUUUACAUUCCGACAAAAAUCAUUUGAGAGGACGUAGUCGGAAAUCACAUAGAAUUAAUAGAGGAUCCCAAAGGGGAGAUAAUCGUCAAAGACAGUCAACAAAAGUCAGGGAACACAAUGAUCAUUCUCCUAAACGUACUGGAAAUAAACAUGGAGCUAGACACAGUGAGCAACUUGAAAGAUCACAUGCUCGUUCAUCUAGGAAACGUGAUCGUGCCCGUGAAACAAAAGACCGUCAUAACCAUAGACGUGACCAUUCUCAGGGAACCAGUGACUUUUCUGUAACAUCACGUGACUCUUCACUUGAUGCCAGAAACCAUCUACAAAGUAACCAUGAACCAUCACGUGAGUCAGUUCAACUUACUAGUCAACAACACGUUUCAACAGGACAGGCGGAUUCUAAUCCUGAUAAACAGAUGCAAGAAUCAUGUGACAAAACCAGCAAGUGGGAAGGACAUUCUGAGGCAAUAACAGCUAAUAUUGAAAUGUCAACGGAAGAACUUAAAGGCACAAACAGUAAGUCUAAGAAAACAUCAGACGUACUGAGGGACGAACAACAAAUGACAAACAAUCUUAAUACCAGAAAACAAGUAAAUGUAACAGAAGAAAAACAGGAAAUAAAAUUAAAAGAUUGUGCCAACAAGGAUAUAAUUUCUCAAACUGACAAUGCAGCUAGAACAAUUUUUGCUGAGGUUCAUAUUCCAAGUAUAGACGGUGUGGAGAUAAAAGACUAGUGUGUUGAGCCAAACACACGCGCACUGACAUUAUGAAGUAUUUGUUCAGCUUUAGGCCUAAUUCAUUACCUCUCAUGAACAGACGCAGCCAAACAGAGUCCACAAUAACUUUACUUAGUUAUUUCCUAAGGAACCUCUUAAAAUUUUUAGUAACAGCAUACGUGUCAUGUAGCGGUUGUAAAAAGUCACCCCGUACAAUGCUGUAUGUAUUCUUUUUUCUGAUCAUUUGGGCUCAUUGAGUCCAUUCCAUUUCAUAAUUUGACUUAAGUUGGUUAUAGUUGGCGUGAGGGAGCUUGUACAUUUCAAUACAUCCAUCUCAUUAACAGAAUCAGUCAGACCGAGUCUGCUAUAGUUUUGCUUGAUUCUUAUGCUUUCAAGGAAUAUAAAGAUACUCUUAUAGGUUUAUACUUAUACAUAAAUACCGCUUAUUGAAAUGCAAAACAAAUCCGUUGUUUGAAUGGUAUAUUUCCUUACAUGUAUCAGUUUUUAUAAUUUUAUACUUAUUUUGCUUUCGCAGUGAAGUAGGCAAUGAACUUGCCUGUCGAACCUAGCCCUGCUAGUAGCGUUAGUAUACCUGCUCACAUGACAGCAGUUUUGUCUAAAAGCCGAUUAUAAAAGUUAAAACAAAAACUGGCAGUCAGGUGUCACUUUAACGUUUAAUGGGUUAUAAAAGAUAGAUUUUUUUCACCUAAAUGUUACCACAGAGACACCCACUCUUCCUGGCCUCUGCUGAUUACUUCUCAUCUGGUCUACCGCUUACAUUUUCCCGACCGAUUCUCCUCCACCACCUAUCUCUCCCCGAUUGCUUCUCCUCUACCACCUAGCCUCUCCCUGAUCGCUUCUUCUCUACCACCUAGCCUCUCCCCGAUCGCUUAUCCUCUACCACAUAGCCUCUACCCGAUCGCUUACCCUCUACCACAUAGCCUCUCCCCGAUCGCUUAUCCUCUACCACGUAGCCUCUCCCCGAUCGCUUCUCCUCUACUACCUAAUCUCUUCCCGGUCGCUUAUCCUCUAACACCUAACCACUCCGCGAUCGCUUCUCCUCUACCACCUAUUCUAUCCCCGAUCGCUUCUCUUCUACCACAUAGCCUCUCCCCGAUCGCUUAUCCUCUACCACAUAGCCUCUCCCCGAUCGCUUAUCCUCUACCACAUAGCCUCUCCCUGGUCGCUUAUCCUCUACCACAUAGCCCCUCCCCGAUCGCUUCUCCUCUACCGCGUAGCCUCUCCCCGAUCGCUUCUCCUCUACUACCUAAUCUCUUCCCGGUCGCUUAUCCUCUACCACCUAACCACUCCGCGAUCGCUUCUCCUCUACCACCUAUCCUAUCCCUGAUCGCUUCUCUUCUACCACAUAGCCUCUCCCCGAUCGCUUCUCCUCUACUACCUAGACUUUCCCUGAACGCUUAGCUUCUCCUGAUCGUUUCUCCUCUACCACCUAGACUAUCCCUGAUCGUUCUCCUUUACCACAUAGCCUCUCCCCCGAUCGUUCUUCUCUACCACAUAGCCUCUCCCCGAUCGCUUCUCCUCUACAACCUAGCCUCUCCCAGAACGCUUCUCCUCUCCCACCUAGCCUCUCCCUGACCGUUUCAAACGUUUCUUUUUUUUCUUUAAUAUUGAUGCAUGCAGCAAGACUUACCAAUACAAUAUUUCUGUAUUUCGUCAAGGAUACAUAUCAAAAACUACAGACUAUAAAAUAAAUAUAACAGAUUGAA